AUGUCACCUCUCUCUGUCCCCAAGAUAUUCAUGGCUGGCGGUGCCGUCGGCUUCGGCUACUACCUCUUCAUGCGCCAAUACUGGUUCCCCAACCCGUACAAGACACAGGGCGUCCAGAACAUUGAGGACCGUUUCUCAUCUGGCGGAGGCCACCCUACACACACACCUGCUGGGGGUAGCCAGCGCGGUACGAGCUCUGCGACAGCGAACGAGGGAAGGCAUGAUGGACCAAGCAAGGGUCCCGACUCAGAGCACUUCAAGAAGAACAUUAGCGACCAACAGAGCGAGCCUGUCUGGCCGGGAAAAUUCAACGAGAUGCAAUACAACAACCCCAAGGGCAAAUAAGCGCCUCCGAAUCGAUUGAGCGAACACACAAAAGCAUGGCAAUUUAUAGCCAAGGGGUAGCGGGCAUCUGAUGCAUAUCAUCAUUGGCGUUUGGCAGAUGAGUGAUGCACAAUUGCAUCCUGUAAAUUUUAAAAUCCUUAUUGCUGCCAGUCGAGCGCUUGGAGGCAUCAUACAAUAAUCGAAAUAUCACACCAUCAAACAUGCAAGACCCAUCCGAUGCUGUCUCGAUCUCAUUUGCGUUCCAAUGCUAAUCGUUGCAUGAUAGUGCUCCGCGAAAAGCCGUUCUUGGGAAGCUAUACACAGGAGCUCGCGUGUGAUCAUGUUGACAAUUACACAACGUCACACAACAACAUGAUGACUAAAGACGAUGCAGCAAAUGCGUUUGGCAAGAUAAGGUUUAUAGAUGAGGAUUGUCUGAAUAAGCAGAAAAAUUACCAGAACGCCAGUAUCUAUAC